AUGCGUCGAGCCGCCCGCGUUCGCUCAGCGAGCAACAUCGAGGCCAAUGAUGAGAACAAGGCUACUACAACAACCCGUCUAACCCGGGCUAAGGCCGCCGCCCUUUCUACAGAUGCUGCCUCCACCAAGUUGACUACCUCGAAGUUGUCCACAACCACCACAACUGCCGCCCAAAACAACCGAAAGCGUGCCGCCUUGGGAGAUGUCAGUAACGUCGUGAAGGCUGAUGGUGGAGCAGUUGAGGAGAGCAAGAAGGUUGGAGGAAAGAAAAUUUCUGGCAAGAUUGCCCUGACAACUAAGGCUGCGGCUACCAAUGGGGUCACCAAAACUACACGUACCGCCAAAGCUGCACCAAUCAAGAAUACUGGGAAGGAGGAAGAGGUUAAGAGAACAAACAAUGGAUCUGGGGUUAUGGCGAAGAGCAGGAAGAGGACCACCACCGCUGCUGCCGCUGCUGCUAAGGCCAAGAAGGAAGUCGUUGUUGAGGAAAAAGACGCGUCUUCGGUUACAACCACCACCACCGCUGCAGCUGCCACCACCGUCAAGGCCGUUGCCGCUGUUGAGCUUAAAGUUAAGGUUGAUGCCAAGGAGGCCGAGCCAGUUGUUCAUGCCUCUAAGAAGAUCCGCACCAAGGAGCCUGCUCCUCGUCCUCCUCACAAUGAUCUCGACGAUGAGGAUGCUGAUGAUCCAUUGAUGGUUUCUGAGUAUGUUAGUGAAAUUUUUGACUAUCUUCGUGAAAUUGAGCCAGCCACUCAGCCAAACCCUGAUUACAUGGACCAUCAAGAUGAGCUUAAGUGGAAAAUGCGUGGAAUUCUUAUUGAUUGGCUCAUUGAGGUUCAUACUCGCUUCCGCCUUUUGCCUGAAACCUUGUUUCUUGCUGUCAACAUUGUCGAUCGUUUCUUGAGCAGCAAGGUUGUUAAGUUGGACAAGCUCCAGUUGGUUGGUGUCACCGCUAUGUUCAUUGCCGCUAAGUACGAGGAGGUUUUCUCCCCUCACGUUCAGUACUUCCGUCACGUUGCCGAUGACGGAUUCACUGAAGAGGAGAUCUUGCGCGCUGAACGUUUUGUUCUUUCAACUCUUGAUUACAACCUCUCUUAUCCUAAUCCUAUGAAUUUCCUGAGACGUAUCUCCAAGGCAGACCAGUACGACUUCCAGACCAGGACUGUCGCCAAGUACCUUAUGGAGAUUAGCUUGUUGGACCAUAGGUUCAUGGAAUUCUUGCCAAGUCACGUCGCAGCUGCUGCUAUGUACUUGUCCAGGAUGAUGCUUGAGCGUGGACCUUGGGAUGCCGAUUUGAUUCACUACUCUGAUUACACUGAGGAUCAGAUCAUGCCUGUCUUCCACCUUAUGAUUGAUUAUCUUGCUCGCCCCGUCAAGCAUGAGGCGUUCUUCAAGAAGUAUGCCAGUAAGAAAUUCAUGAAGGCUUCCAUGCAUGCUCGCCAGUGGGCCAAGAAGAAUGCGAAGGCUCACGGUAUUGAUGUCUCUGCUCCGGAGCCUGUUGAGUCUGAGGAAGAGUCCCGGUGA